UCACGCUCCGGUCUACGGUCUUCUGUUCAGGUCAGCGAGUGAAAACCAACACUUAAAUAACAGUUUCAUGUAUUAAACUGUUAUUUAAAUAUAAUGCAGUACAUUGUACACGUUCAAGCUGGCUGGAUGUCCAUCCCGUGGAGGAGGACGUAUUUUAAAGGGCACCAUGAUGUCCCACAUGAGGAGGACGUUGUUUCUUGGAAGAAGAUGCUUAGGGAGUGAAACCAGCAACCAUCGGACCUCCUGUUCCUCCUCCUCUUCCUCCUCCUCUUCAUCCUCCUUCUGUUCCUCCUCCUCCUCUUCAUACUCCACCUCCUCCUCUUCCUCCUCUUCGUCCUCCACCUCUUCCUCCUUCUUCUCCUCCUCCUCCUCCUCCACCGGAGGACUGGUCCUGCGGUCCCGGUCCACCGACGUGUACCAGAACCUGGCUCUGGAGGACUGGAUCGACGCCAACGUGGACCUGCGGCGCCGCGGCUUCCUGCUGCUGUGGAGGAACCGGCCGGCCGUGGUCAUCGGGCGCCACCAGAACCCGUGGAGCGAGUGCCACCUGCCGGCCAUGAGGAGGGCGGGCGUCCCUCUGGCUCGCCGGCGGAGCGGCGGUGGCACCGUGUUCCACGACCUUGGGAACCUCAACCUGACCUUCUUCUCCUCCAAGAAGGCCUAUGACCGUCAGAGGAACCUGAAGGUCAUCACGGGCGCCCUGAGGCGGAUCCGGCCGCAGCUCGCCGUCCGGGCCACCGAGCGGUUCGACAUCUUACUCAACGAGCACUUCAAGAUCUCAGGAAGUGCGUCCAGACUGAGCAGGAAGUCGUCCUACCACCACUGCACCCUGCUGCACUCCGCCGACCGCUCCGCCCUCGCCGCCGUGCUCCGCCCCUCGUGUCCCGGUAUCCACAGCAACGCCACGCCCAGCGUCCCCUCGCCCGUCGCCAACCUGCGGGACCACGCCCCCACGCUGGAGUGGGAGGAGCUUCUGGAGGCACUGGCGCACCAGUACAAUGCAGAGUUCGGCUCCGCCGCCUCCGCCGCCUCCGCCGCCUCCUCCGCCUUCACGCUCGUGGACCCGGCGGACGAGGCGGCUUUUCCCGGCGUCGGCCGGGCGGCGGAGGAGCUCCGCGGCUGGGACUGGACGUUCGGCCGGACGCCCCGGUUCAGCGUCCGCACCCUGCUGGCGCUGGAGGGCGAGCGGGCGGCCCGGCUGCACGCGGAGGUGAAGGGCGGCGUGGUCGAGAGCUGCGAGCUGGACGUGCCCGCGGACUGGCUGCCGCAGCGGCUGAGCGGCGAACUGAGCGGCGUGCUGGUGGGCGGCCGCUUCUGCCCCCACCGCGCGGCCGCGGCCUUCAGCGAACUGAUGCGGUCGGAGAGCGGCGAGCGGCAGCGCCGGCUGCGCCGCCUCUGUGACGCGGUGAUGUCCGUGAUGGGCUGAAGGACUGGCGCCCCCUAGAGGCCGCGGAGGUCAUUACAGGCAAACCAUCAAUUAAUAAACACCUGAAGAUUAA